GCGGCGGGGCUGGCAGGCCGGCCAUGGCGAGGGGCGAGAGCAGCAAGCGCGGCUGCGGGCAGCGCUACGGGACGGCGACCGGGCUGGGCGUGCUGGGCUUCUUCUGCCUGGGCUUCGGGCUGGUCCUGCUGCAGACCCUGCCCGGCCUCUUGCGGCAGCAGGUGGCCAAGAAUACCAGAAUUGAUCCUGACAGUGCCAUGUACACCUUGUGGAAAGACCUCCCCGUUCCCUUCUACAUCUCAUUCUACUUCAUGGAGGUGAUGAAUUCCAAGGACGUCCUUCUAGGCGCCAAGCCGGUUGUCAGCCAGCGGGGCCCUUACGUCUACAGGGAAUACAGGCAGAAAAAGAACAUUACUUUCCAUAGUAACGAUACCGUCUCCUUUCUGGGUUAUCGCUCCUUCGUCUUCGAACCGGACCGUUCCAACGGAUCGGAAUCCGAUUACAUCAUGAUGCCGAAUCUCUUGGUUUUGGGAGCAGCCGUCAUGUUGGAAAACAUGCCGUUUGCCGUGAAGUUAACCUUCAGCAGCGCUCUGGCCCUCUUCCGUCAAAAUGCAUUCAUGAACCGGACGGUUGGAGAGAUCAUUUGGGGGUACAACGAGCCCUUCACUCAGUUCUUGAGCAGCCUUGGUGUCACCGUAGGUCCAUCCAAUGAAAAAUUCGGCUUAUUUUCCGACUUAAACAAUUCCCACACGGGUCUCUUCACGGUGUUCACAGGCAAGGACAACAUUAACAAAACUCACAUGGUGGAUUCUUGGAAUGGAUUAAAAAAGGUAUCCUAUUGGCAUUCUGAAGAAUGUAACAUGAUCAAUGGAACCGCUGGAGAACUGUGGCCACCGUUCAUGACCCCAUCUUCAUCAGUGGAACUCUAUACUCCUGAUGCCUGCAGGUCGAUUAAAUUAAACUACACCCAAUCUGGAAAAUUCAAAGGCAUACCAGUUUAUCGUUACACGGCUCCGAAGACCCUGUUUGCCAACGGGACUGUCUACCCACCCAACGAGGGCUUUUGCCCGUGCCGGCAAUCCGGAAUCCAGAACAUUAGCUCCUGUAAAUUAAAUGCGCCAAUAUUUAUUUCUCAACCUCAUUUCCUAAACGCUGAUCCGGCUUUAUUGGACACGGUAGAUGGUUUGCAUCCCAACGAAAAGGACCACGAUCUGUUUGUCGAUAUCCACCCGCUGACGGGAAUUCCCAUGAACUGUUCGGUCAAAAUACAACUGAAUCUGUUCAUAAAACACGUCUCCGGCAUCUGGCAAACCGGACAGAUUAAGCCCGUGGUUUUGCCCCUGAUUUGGUUUUCCGAGAGCGGGGAGGUUGUAGGAGAAGUCCUGCGCGACUACUACACCCAUCUGAUCACCAUCCCUUCAUUGCUGGAAUACCUGAAGUUCUGUCUCAUGGGUUUAGGAGGCCUUCUGCUCUUGGCAGCUGGCUUAGUUGGGCUGAGGAGCAAGAGAAAGACGGCGACAAGGACUUUGCAAACGCCUGAUCGUCCGGAAGCUUCGGAAACAAGCCCACUUCUGCAGGAAGACCCAACAAUCACAGUUCACGAUAGCAGCAAUACCUGAUAAUGGCCUCAGUUCCUUCUUGUGAAGGAUCUCAAGUUCUUUUUUUAUCGAGCCUGCUUACUUGCAGACGGGAUGGUGGUGGAAAUGAUGAAAGGGAACAGAUGACCCCAUUGGAGAUUUAAAAGACUGUGUUGCCUCUGGAAAGGAGUUGGGGACCCCUUCCCCAAGCAGCCAGCCUACUCCAGGUUGUUGUUUUUUCUCAUGCCAAGACUUGAAGAACCUCAAUGGCAACCUCGGAGUUGGAGGACUGAUGGAGAACCCUUGGAGCAGCCACCUAAAGACUCCAAUCUAUUCCCCCCAUCCUUUGCUGGAUCGUUUCCAGCUUCUCAUCCCCAGAAAGUCCUUUGAUCCUUCUUAAGGAGGAUCACCCACUGUCAGCCUUACCGUAUAAAACAGACAAGAAACACAACCACACGAGUUAAUUUUACUUUUCUUGUGAGGCUACAUCAACCGAAACUUGCAAGUCUGAAAGCACAAUUCUCCCGCCAUCUCCUUUUGCACUCUGAGAAAUUUGGGAGGACCUCUUCUGAGCGUCUUCUUUCUCUACCCAAUUAUCCAUCUGUGGGCUAAGCAGGCUAUUAUCUAACUUUUCCCUUGGCGGCAUCUUCUCAGGCGCCAGGAAAAUCGGGAGAUUCAAGCAAGUUCAAAAUGAGUGUAAUGGUUUUAUUGCUUAAGCUCUCUACAACAAUCUGAGCUACUAACGGUCAAGGGGAAGUUAAGAAAGGAAUUCGAGGUGGGCUGGUCUUAGAUCAGCUGUUGACGUGUUUGACCCCUCUCCCUUUGAUUCAGCCUGGUCGUCUCCUACACAUCUUUUCCCCCUAGAAUCUUUACCACAUACUAUUACAGCCGUCUCCUUUACAGGAUGGGAAACUAGGGAGGGUCCCUUCUAAUCCUCAUUCUCCAACCAUUAUGCAGCUGUGGGCUAAGCAGCCUCUUAUCUAACCAUCCCCCCUGGCAGCAUCUCUUGGCUCUUGUCUUCCAAGCCCUUUCACACAUGCCAUUAUAUGCUUGACAGCUUAAGAAACUAGGGAGGGUUCCUUCUCAUUUUCCACCCGUUACGCAGCUGAGGAGUCUGCAGUCCCUUAUCUGACCAUCUCCUUGGCAGCGUCUCUGGGUCCUUUUCUCGCAAGGCCAUUCUCACAUUCCUUUUUUACUGUUCACAUAGCUGUCUGAUUGUUGGGUCUGUAAAAAGUCCUUUAACUGUAGCCUCUUUCCCUUUUUGACGUGAGAGCUUGCUAGCGCACAACUGCACAAACGGUGGUUCAAUUCUGGCACCGCGCAGCACACACGAAGACAAAAAAAAAUCAACCGAGUGCAAAUUUGUGGAUGCAGAUGAUCUGUUCCUGCUUGGUCUGGGCCUGGAAAUGUAUCUCAGUUUUCGCCGACAAUCUACCAGUAUUUAGAAGCACCAGCACGACAAACCAGCUGGAAAUAGACAUUGUGGCAGGGGUGUGUUUGGGUGCGUGUCUCUUUGCCCAGGGAACAAACCUUUUCAAUGUGAACUCUUGAACCCAACACGUGAAUCUCCUUCCGGCGGAGACCCCGGCACCCCCAAAGUUCAUUCCGCCUUUUUCAGGAAGCACCUCCUCUUUUUUUUAAAAAAAAAGAAAGAAAGAAAAAGGAAGCAAAUAAUUUUAUUCAGCUUUUUUAAAAAAAACAUAACAAAGACUAAUGCAAACUAAACUAGUAAAACAAACAUCAGGAAGGUGCAGAAAAGGAAAAGAAAAACGAGAGAAAGGCAACAAAGAGAAGAAUAAUUGGGGGAAAAAAUCAGCUUCCACCUUCAUCGCACUGAGCACACUAGUAUAAUAACUUUUCACCCUCUUUGAAAAUUGCAAAUAAAUUUUAAAAAAAACACAA